AUGAACCAAGAGGGAACCCCUGCUCCAGUUGCGGUGGCGGCUCCCCCAGCACCUCCCUCCACAGGACCACGAAAACCGCCGGCACUGGUGUUGCCGACAAUAGCUUGUCCACUAAUAUGCGAGCAAGGACCAUCGAUACCAUCAUCGCCCACAAUCCUGCAGGGACCACAAGACGCACUCGCUGCAGAUUUGAUGCAGAGGAUUCAAAUGUUCUCCUCCCAAUUCGACACGGCUCGUCUCUCACCAAACUAUGCCACUUCCGAUUUGGGCUCCUCUGCGAGAUCAUCGUUUUCGACGGCUUCUUCGUGGAUGGCAUAUCGUGAUCGAAGUGUUGAUUUUGAUGAGACUGGAAAAGAAUUGAUAUCUCCCUUUGACUGUGAUACCGCCUGUUCUGUUUCACCAUCGUUUUCGUUGUCUCCUAGCUCCUUUCAUCAUUUUUCAUUCGACGUCCGAUCAGUCUCAUCACUGGGUCAUAGUACAACCAACCUGAAUCAUCUGCUCUCCGUGGGUGCCGCGUAUGAAUUGUCCAGAGAGCGUAGUCGAUCAGAAAGCGAUAUGCAACCCACGCAGACAGACGCAGAUGAGGCACGACUUUUGGCUAACUCGACGAUAUCUGUACCAUGUUACUCGAAAAAGAUAAAGUACGGGGGAGAGAUAAAACGAAGUAGUAGUACACCACCACCGACAACAAAUGAACGAGAGGAGAUGGAACAGCAAAGGAUGUUGAGGCCAACGUCAGGGUUGGAGAAUAAGGAUGAUUUGGAAGCGGCCAACGCAAUCGUCAGCAGUUGGGCUCGCGAUCAAAUCUUCGCUAUUCAAAAUGCGAGUACCAUGUACAACCUCCUCACUGUUGCUGGAUCAUCAGAAGACUGUUCAUCUUUAUCCGCUCCUGGACCCUUGAAAGUCAUUCCAAAAAGUAAAGAUGAUAUGGCAUUUUUGAUUCGAGACGAAACAAACCGUGCGAAACAGAUGCAGUAUCCAUGCACUAUGUGUGGACAGGCGUUUGCUGUUCAUGACAGACUCGCAAAACACAUCGCCUCAAGGCAUCGUCAAAGAAGUUGUACAUUAGACGACGCAUCGAAAGUCCACAAAUGUAAUAUGUGCUCUAAGAGCUUUUCGAGAAGUGAUAUGCUUACAAGACAUAUGCGACUACAUACCGGUGCAAAACCAUACAGUUGCCCAACCUGUAAUCAAGUAUUCUCCCGUUCCGAUCAUUUGUCGACCCAUUUAAGAACUCAUACCGGAGAGAAACCAUAUGCAUGCCCAUUGUGUAAUUAUUCGGCGAGUCGCCGUGACAUGAUCUCCCGCCAUAUGCGCACACACUCCAUGUCAGAUGACGUGUCUACACCAAUCUCACAGUUAUCGAUUCGAAGUGCCAGCACCUCUCCACUACCUCCAAAAAUCGUCGGCUCAACGGCAGUUGUUGAAAUAGGUUCUGGAGAGUUGUCCGCCUUCAAACCAAUCCUUUCCUCAUCAUUGUCAACUCAUCACCUUUCCGUGUCAUCACCAUUUCAGUCACUUUCUCUUUCAACUCCGUCAUCUCCCUCAUUUGCUCCGCCCACUAUUCUGUUGAAUCGACAGUCUUCGUUUGACAAUUCCCUUUCGUCGAACACAAAUACUUCUUGA